AUGGAAAGGCAACAUAAAUUAUUAUACACGUUUUUAUUGGCUUGGCUUGUACUAGUUUUGCUAUGGAUUGAUUAUCAAUCGGAUAAUGGAAGUGUUGUUGUCAAAAAUUUGGGUAGGUCUUACAGAUUUUAGAAAUUUAGAAUUAGGUAUGGUUUUUAAAAGUUUUGGGAAGUAAAAGGGGUGUAAAUCACUCAAAAGAUUGUUAUACAAGCUUUGUUUAGAGGUAAAGUGUAAAUUUGAAAAGCAACUGCCAUUUUUAAGCAAUCCCCAAUCAAAAAUACAAGCUUUUGAAAAAAUACACCUUAAAAAACAGGAAUCUCGAAUUUUAUGGCAAGAAAAACUAAAAUUCUCGAAGAAAAGCCUUUUUCGGCCAUGUAUAACAUGUUUUGUUGGUGAAACCAUCGUUCCUUUGUGAACUAAGACCUAAAAUUCAAGAAAAAUAACAUUAAAAGACUUACCUUACCAUGGGUCAUGUUAAUAACGUCGAUUCUCGUUAAAAACCUGUUGAAUCUUCUGUUUUCGUCAAAGUCCCGUGUCCAACAGUUUAAAACAAUAUAAAAAGUAGAAAUUUAGGUAGAUAUUUGAAAAAAAGGUAAAUCAAAUCUUAAUUUAUAAGCAGGUCAACAAUAUUUUAAAGAAUAUACAAGAUUAAAGCAAUGUUUCACAAAGGAAGCAAUGUUUUAUCCAAGAAAAAUAUUAUCCAUCGCCGAAAAAUGUUUUUUCCUCGAUAAUUUUGGUUUUUUCUCACCGCGAUAUUCUUUCUGGAUAUUUUUUCAAAAGUUAUCUUCAGAAAGGUCUUAAAAUUGAAUUUUUAAUUUGGGUAUUGUUUAAAAAUGGCAUUUUACGCUUACCUUUCAAUUUAUUUGAUUGCUGAACUGAUUCUGUGCCGAUAACCGCGACGAUUUGCUUUUGGGAGUGGCACAGAAUUUAUUGAACAACUUAAAAUACUCGUCUAUAGUUUUAUCGUCUUUAUUUAGCUAUAUUUCAACUUUUAUUUAUUUAUUUACUUGCUUUAAAUCAAGUUACACAACUUUUCCUUUUCAGUUAACAAAGUCGGAUCGAAACCAUGGCUAAAAGGGCUGUAUAGGCUAAAAACUACCACAGAAGAAGGACUGAAAUCUACUGAAACUUUACCUCAACAAAAUGAAAAUGUAUCUAUCUGUAAACUUCCAAAACUGGACCCAUGGGAUCCAACGAUCAAAGACCUUUUAAAUCCGAAAGAAGAUCCUUUGGAGGGUUGUCAGCCUCAAUACGAUGUACUUACUUAUGUUGAGGAUCAAGUUUUAUAUGUGGAUAAGGAAAAAGUCGACGGAACUACCCUUUGUGAGUACCAGUAAGUUAAAUUUUUGGGUUUUUAGGCAGAUUUUGGUGGGUAUGGGUAUGUGAAUGUAUAUCGUGAUAGGUAUAAGCAUAUUAAUUUAUUAUAGAUUUUGAUAGGUGUGGGCAUAUGACUGUAAAAAUAUUGAAAAUAUUGAGUAUAGAGAUGUAUUUGACUAUAUUGACCUAUAUGUUGUAGAUGCGCUUACGCUGUAAACGACAGAGACUUAAGGUAUGGAGAUUGGCUGAAGAUUGACAGAGAAGGUGGCGCUAGGCCAGACUGUGAUGUAUUUAAAGUCAAAUGCGAUGCAGAAGAGCAAUAUACGUUUUUACAUCAACACAUCGCUGAACAGUAAGUUUAGCCUUUUCUGUAGCCUUAAGCCUAACUCUAGGCUUAGCUUAAGCUCUAGCCUAAGCCCUAGCCUAAGCCCUAGCCUAAGCUCUAGUUCAAGCUCUAGUUUCAGCCCUAGCCAAGCUUUAGCCUAAGACCUAGCCCAAAGCUUAUCCUAAGCCUCUAACCUAAGCUUUAGCCUCAAAACAUUGCUGAACAAUAAGUUCACCCCUUUCUAUAGUCUUAAGCCUAGCUCUAUGCUUUGCCACAGCUUUGGGCCUAGCCUAACUAAGCUUUGUCUUAAGCCUAAGCUUUAGCCUAAGCCCUAGUCUACGCUUAAGCCCUAGCGACAUUCAUAUGCCUAGUCACAGCUUUAGGCUUAUUGUUAGCUACAAGAUCUAGCCUUAGGCCUAUCUCCCUAAAUUUAAAAAUCUUAAUCUAGUUUACUUUUCAGAAACCUAACCAAGAACUUUGAUCCAAAUGCCUAUUCAGUUCACAUCUUAAUGAUUGACUCGACAAGUUCAAGUCAAUUCAUUCGCACGAUGCCAGAAUCCAUGAAUUUCCUUAAAAACUCACUAGAAUCCAUUCACUUUCCGUACCUAAACAAAGUUGGUGAUAACACUCGUCUCAAUGCCUAUACCUUCUUCCUGGGCGAACGGGCGGCUAAUCUGACGGCCAAUCCAUGGGGACCGUUCCUAGCCGGCGGCCGAGAAGAUGAGUUGUGUAACAAGAGCAUUAAUACCGAGAAUUUUGUUGGUUUUGACUAUAACAAGCAAGGAUAUGUUACUAUGUUGAAUGAUGACUGGUCGGAAGGGUUUUUUAAUUGGCCAAAUUGUAUUGGAUUUACCGAGAAUCCGGCCGAUCAUUUCAUGAAGUAAGUGAAUAUUGGGGGUGAAUGUGGGGAAGUAAGGGUAGGGUGAUAUUAAGUUGGGUUGGGUAGGGUAGAGUAGAGUACGGUAGGGUAGGACAGGGUAAUGUAGGGUAGGGUAGAGUAGGCUGUGGUUGGGUAAAGUAGGGUACGGUAGGGCAACAUAAGGCUGGGUUAAAGCAUUACGACUUAGCCCUACGGUCUUAUCUCUUGCUCUAUCUAUACUUCAGCCCUCCAGUCUUAUCUUAGGUCUAGUUUAGCUUCACCAGGCAUACCUUAUCUUAUGACCUACUCCAUGUUUUACCAUUCUCUAUCUCAUGUCUGACCCUAUACCUUACUCUAUGGCUUGCUCUAGCCUUUCUCUAACUCAACUAGAGCUCCUAUUUGUACCUUAUAGCUUAGCCAUGCGGUUAGGAGUAGGUUAGGGCUUGGUAAAAUAAUUAUAGCAAUUUUUUUUAAACGUACGCCCUUUUUAGUCCAUUUUCCCAUCACAUAACCGUAGGCAAUCAAUUUCGAGAUCAACGCCUAUACGAACGUAUGUAUCAAGGCACUUGCCACGAGCCAGCCGACUAUAUUCUAGAAACCCUACAACAAUAUGUACAAAAAUACCACAACAAACCAAAACUUUCGAUCAACGUACUAACUCAACUAACCCAUGACAGUAUCAACAACAUGUACCAUUUCGAUGCGAAAUUGAAGAAAGCGCUACAGAAAGCCGAGAAACAGCUUCAGAAUUCGUUUUUCAUCGUGAUGAGUGAUCAUGGCAAUAGAAAUGACUGGAUACGACGAACUACAGUUGGUGCUUUAGAGGAUCGGAAUCCGUUUUUUAUGAUUUCAAUACCUAAAAAGCUUAGGGGCAAUAACAAUUUAAUGAGACAACUGCAAGAGAACUCGAAACAGCUUAUCACACAUUAUGAUUUAUAUGCUACUUUCUUUGAACUUGCUAUGGUAGGUGGAUUUCUCUCUAACUUCUUUGGUGGGCAUGGAUUUUUAGGGCUGAAUUUGGCUUAUUUGGGCAGGGUAGAGGAAGGUCAGGUAAAACGAAGAACGAAGCAGGACAGGAAAAUAUUUUUUUUAAAGUCUUCUCAGGCAGGGCAGGGUGAAAAAAAGUAGGUAAUGUUAAACAAUGUAUGAAAAACCCCGGGGCAGCGUAUGGGCAGAACAAGAAAAGGCUAAUAAGACGUAAAGUGGGGUAGAAUAUGAUAGGAUACAGUGUGGAAGGGUAGGGCAGGGAAGGAAAAAAUACGGUGGAGUAGGGUAGAAAAUAGUAGAGUAGGGCAACAUAGAGCUGCAAAAAUUGCCCUAGAGUACGUUAGGAAAAAGUAAUGUAGAGUUGGGUAAUGUAGGGUAAUGCAGGGUAGGGUAUGGUAGGGUGGGGUAGGGUAGUGUAGGGUAGGGUAAGGUAAGCUAAGGUUUGGUAAAGUACGGUAGGGCCUUUCUUAUCGUACUAUAUUGAACUCUUUUUAGGAGAACCAUAAAUGGACAAUAAACACAAAGUUUAAUGACAAACCAUACACAAACCCAAAAAGAAAUCUCACUGGAUCAUCACUGUUCCAUCCUUUAAAAAUGCCUAGGAAUUGCAAUUCUCUACUAAUCCCAUUUGAGUUUUGUCUAUGUCAACUUGAGUCCAAGUCAGUGCGGAAUGACACUUUAGUUGAGAUUGCUGGUAACAUGAUGGUGGAGAGAAUGAACCAAGCUUUAAAAGCUUCCGACUACGUCGAUAAAUGCGAGGAAUCAAGUCUGGAUACUAAGUUUAAUUACACACUACUACAAUAUGAUAAAGUGAAGGAUGGAGUGCCAUAUUUGGUUAAAAUCAGCGUACAACCAAGUAGAGGAAUCUACGAGGGCUAUGUUACUGUAAGUUAGUAUAUAAUGUUUAGAAGGUUUGGGAAAGGUCGAGUAGGGUAGGGUAGAAUAGGGUAGGGUAGGACAGGGUAGGGCACAUUAUGGUCUUGUAGGGUACCGUGCGGUUUGGGUAGGGUACCGUAGAAUUCAAUGAAGCAUCAGCGUAGGCGUAUUACUGUAGGAUCAAGUAUAAUAGUGUAACCUGGGUACUGAUGUAUUGUACUGUAGAGGGCGGGAUACUGUAGUUUAGGAUAGGGUGUAGUAGGCUUAGACCAUUACUAUAGGAUAACGUAUAAUAGUGUAAACUAGGUACUGUAGAGCUGGUUAUGACAAUGUAGGAUUACGUGAAGGACUAUAAGGCUGCUAGAAUACUGUAGUUUAGAAUAGGAUAUAGUAGGGUAGGGUAAGGUAGUUAAGGUACGGUAAGAGAUAGGGUAGAGUAGGGUAGGGUAGGGUAGGUUAGGGUAGGAUAGAUUGGGGUUUUUAUAAAUUUACCCGUUUUUAGGUAAAAAACGGUCGAGUAACGUUAAUAACAGACAAGUUUUGGAGGAUCGACAAGUACGCCAUCCAAGCCAGCUGUAUCCCAGAGAACUUUCUUAGGAAUUAUUGUUAUUGCUAG